GAGAAAACAUUGAACACAUACUUGCAAGAGAAAAGUAAUGAGGGAAUUUUGCCAUGACGAUUCGUUCAGUUUUGCACUUUCGUUAAGAAUCAAAGCAUCGCUAGAUCUUCUUCUUCAUUUGGGGGAUCGCGACCUGCCACGUGUGCAUUUACCGAUUUGCUAGAGGCGAAUGAAGCCUUUCGGCUCAAAGUCUCUAUAAAAAUCAAUUAAAAAAAAAUAAAAAAAAUAAAAAAAUAAAAUAAAAAAAAUUACCGAUUUGCAUGAUUAAAUUUCGGUUUCGUUAAUAUCAAUCAAUCAAUCAAUAUAAAAUGAGUAAUUUACAGUUCGGCAUCUUAAAUCACACUUUGAUUUCAUUUCUUCCAACACAUUUAUAUAACAAUCCAUACAAGCUUUAUAAAGCAAGAACGGGGGGUUCCGUGGUACAGUCAUCAACUCAUACGACUCAAUUACAUGCUCGUCAUGGGUUCAAGCCUAGAGUGGACUGUUCUUCCGUAGCAAGUGUAAGUAUUGAUUAUCCGGCUGCAUGUUACUGAAUAAGUCGCCAGCCUAAGCAUUUUCUAGUCAACUCGGGAAGUAUACCGUAGCAAAGAUGUGCUCAAGAAGAAGUGAAGUGAAGAAGUAAAGAGUGAACAGUCUAACCUUUUCCAAUUUACAUUUUGUAUGGAGGUAUUCAGACCGCUGUAACAGUACCAAAGUAUCAAAAUCAAUGCUUGCCACUAACGAAGUGAAAUGUAUUUAAACACCCCAAUUCAUCAUUUAAUCUUCAUCUCUUCACCUAACCAGCAAUCCAUAGAAAUCAUUUGGAAGAACACACAAACUGUACAUUGAUGCCAGAGCGUACUUUCACUUUCCGACAGCGAUGGCGCAAAACAAAAACCACCCUCCUAAUGGAUGUUCCGAUCCAUCAAAAAGCAACAGCGAAGAUAUGACUUUCCGCUCUCAUCUUUACCACGCGAUACAGGGUUCGCCCACCAAUUGGUGAGCUCGAAAAUCUUCCCAUUCAUAAGACGGUCCCGGUUGGAGAAUAUCCCCACACGUGGCUUCUAUUGCGCAAGAUCGAAUGUGAUGGCCGAAGCUGAUACGAAAGUGCACGUGGCUCAGGCCGGCACAACAGGUGGUCCGUGCGGGCUAUCAGGCAAAGGAUCAAGCAGGCUGCGAAUUUGCUCCACUUCAGUCUGACGGCAGCCUUCGGCGACGGUAGUGCUCCUUUCGUUGGGAAGCAGAGUGUUAUCCUUCCAGGCACUGUCAAUCGUAUUCCGCGCCUAUCGCACGGCCAGUGACUGUUUUAGCAAGGGAGUUGAAAAUAUUAAUGGUUUAAAGCUUUGUGGCUGAGCAAGCAGCAGAUAGUCGAUAAAGGAUUAACGUGUACGUGUGUGUUUAUAUAAUUGUACUUCUGGCGUGAGUUGUAAAUGAAUGUGAUUCCAGUAGAAAGUUUCGUGUGUCGGGGUGUGGUCUCAAAAUAAAGCAACGAAAAAAAGGUGCUACAAGUGUAUUCCACAGUGGGGCGUGUGUCUCUCAUCCGUGAGCUCCAAAAAUUAAAUGAAUGCAAAAAGUGACGGAAAGUGCGAGAAAAAAAAGAUGAAUCAAGCUUCAUUCAGUGUCGUGGUAGUGUUCAAUUUCAGCUUCCGGGUGAAGCAGAGCUUUUGCUAACGGAACAGUGACCGGAAUGUAGCAAAGUUUAAUACUGCUUUUAUCUGACCGGUAGAGUGUGUCUUUUCGUCCCCUUUUAAAAAUAAAAGUAAUAGCAAAAAAAAACCUCGUAUCGUCGGUAAAUAGGGAGUAAAAUUACGAUACAAACCGUGUUCUCGUACGUGCGGGUAGAAGUGAUUUGUGCCAUGGUGGUCUGUGCUGCCCAUCCGUAAAUCGCAGCAAAACUCCAGUGAGCGCAGAUGGUUCGUGGAGGGUUAGUGUGUCCGGUACCGGAUGACGAGGGUAGAUGCUGCUGCUGACUUUGUGAUAAGAAGUGGUGGUGAUAAUGGUGAUGGUGCUCGUGGUGGUGUAGGUAGUGGUGCUAGAGGCAGUGGUGGUGUUGUACAUCCCGCCAACAAACCAGGGGAAAUAGGUGUGAAACCCAAGCGCCCGUAACCGCCCGUUCCUUCGUCUGUGGCCGUGUGCAGCGAGCAAGCCAAGUGUGCAGCCAAAAUGAGCGAGUCGGUCGAGCUGGAGCUGUUGAUAAAUUGUACCCAGGCGACCAUUCUGCGGUUUCCCUGGUCGACGGACUUCAAUACGACCGUGAUCGGCGAGCUGAAUCGGACGGAAGUGCUCGACGUGUUGGGCGAAAUGAUUACGAGAAGCCGUGGGUACGUGCCCAAGUCAACCGACCUGCUAACGCUUAGAGAGUUCAUCACGGAAUGCCUGUUCCCGACCACCAAAAGCCCGUACGAGCUGCCCUGGCAGCUGAAGACCGCCUGGGGCGUCGUGUUCGGCGCGAUGCUGCUCGUAGCCAUCACCGGCAACUGCAUCGUCCUGUGGAUCGUACUCGCACAUCGGCGGAUGCGCACCGUAACGAACUACUUCCUGCUGAAUCUCAGUGUGGCCGACCUGCUGAUGUCCUCGCUCAACUGUUCCUUCAACUUCAUCUUCAUGCUCAACUCGGACUGGCCGUUCGGGUCGGUGUACUGCACGAUAAACAACUUCAUGGCCAACAUGUCCGUCGCAUCGUCCGUGUUUACGCUGGUGGCAAUCUCGUUCGAUCGGUACAUUGCGAUAGUGCAUCCGCUGCGCCACCGGACGUCUCGGAAGAAGGCCCGGAUCUUUCUUUUAAUCAUCUGGGCGUUGAGCUGCGUCCUAGCGGCACCGUGCCUGAUGUACUCGACUGUGAUGACGAAGCGAUAUAACAACGGAAAAACCCGCACGGUUUGCUAUAUGCUCUGGCCGGACGGACGAUAUCCAACAUCGAUGGCAGAUUACAUCUACAACCUGGUGUUCCUGAUACUCACCUACGGCAUUCCGAUGCUGAUCAUGAUCGUCUGCUACUCACUGAUGGGUCGCGAGCUCUGGGGCAGCCGCUCCAUUGGCGAACACACCGAACGGCAGCUAGAGUCGAUGAAAUCGAAAAAGAAGGUUGUGCGAAUGUUCAUAAUUGUGGUAACGAUAUUUGCCAUCUGCUGGUUGCCAUAUCAUCUGUUCUUUGUCUACGCGUACCACAACAACCAGAUGACUUCCUCGAGCUACGUCCAGCAGCUCUAUCUCGGUUUCUACUGGCUGGCGAUGUCAAACGCAAUGGUUAAUCCCAUCAUCUACUACUGGAUGAAUGGCCGCUUCCGGGUGUACUUCCAGGAAAUCAUCUGCUUCUGCUGUCUGCAGUUCAUCAACUCCCGUAUGCGGGACGGCGUGCCGCAGGGUGUGCUGCUGAACAAGAAUUCCAACUCCGAGCUGGGCCGGUAUCGGUCGUAUCGGCCGCGUUCCGUCUCGGUACGGUGGCGACCACCGAGCACGGAAGAGUACCGGAUGCGUACCGGACUGCCCCGCCCAGCUCAUCUCGGGGUGAACGUGCUCGAGAGUGCGGCCAACGGUGGCAGUGACAAACAGCCCGUCGUCGACAUUGCCGAACUGCAGACCAUCAACUUUCUGCACCUGAACCACAACUCGAACGAGCUGCAGCACAGCUCCUCCAACAGCCACGAAUUCUCCUGACAUCCGCAGUACGAUUAAGCCGACGGGCACCGGCAAACGGGCCCCGGGGCUGAGCCGCGGGAGACAAGCUUUUGCCAGUAACGGAUGACGAAUGACGACCGGUGGCUAUUGGUGAUGGUCACUAGCAAACGCGUGUGUGUGUGUGUGUGACCCGAUCCGGAUGCUCAGUGCCAGUGGAGCACCCCUAAACUCCUGCUGCUCCUCACGGACACUAUCCAGGAGCGGACAUGUAUGCACAUACAUACACAAACACUCACACACAUACAAACGCGCGCAUCUGCACACCGAACUGAAGAAAACUCAAUUGGUUUGCUGACUUUUGGGGAACGACCGGGCGAUGGUUGGGGAACCAGUCAAUGGACGCGUUCGAUGACGAUCGAGCUUCGAGCACCCGUAGGUUGUAGUGAGAUAAAACAUUACUUCGAAAGAGGGUUUUAAAGUAGUGAAACAGAAUUUAGCAACGGCCAAUUCUCUAGUGUGUUUUUAAAGCGUUCGUGGUGAUUGCCGGUGCUGUACGCGGUAAGUUAGAGAGAAAGAGAAAGAGAAAGAUAGAGAGAGAGAAAGAAAGAGAGAGGGGGGAGCCCUCCCUGUGAGAGAAAUCAAGGAUGGAAGAUAGUAAAACAGGAGGGAGACAACAUUAACAUUAAACAGAGAAACCUAAGUGAGAGAAACAUUGAAUAUAUAGUUUAUUUAUUUUGCCUAGAUCAUGUUGAUCAUCACACGUGUUCUUGAGAGUUGAGCGAGACCGCAUCAACCCGCAUCGAAUAGGCAAAGGUGAACUGUUAGUCGUUUAAGAGCUAUACUUCUAGAGAGAUAUCCAUAUUGAUACACAAGUAGCAGCGCAAGCUGGAUGAAAGGCCAGAUAGUCUAGCAGCACCAUGGACAAUGGUUGUAUGGGCCGGCCCCAUAGUGCACAGCUCGACGGCAGCUGGCAUGAAACUAGCCAGAAAGAUAGACAUCGCAGCAGGCCUAGCUAAACAACAGCGAACGAAGGUGUUGGUAGAAGCGAACGAAGCAGAGGAAAGCAUGGUACAAAGCUAUCGGUGCACGCGAAAUGCAAGUUGUGCGAUAAAAGUGUGUUAGCUAAAUGAUUGGAAGCUCACAUAGAUGUUAAUAAAAUACGGCAAAACAUAGUGAUUUAAUGAAUUACAACGAUGUGCUUGUGUGUAUGUGUAUAAGUUUGUGAUAAAAUGGUAUCCGAAGUUGAGUCAUGAAAAUGGGGAAACAAUUAUACAGGUAAGUGUA